AUGCGAAGAGCCUGUCUUCCAACCCCACCAUUGCAGAGCAAUAUAUUCGGUGGGCUGGAUGAGAGUCUGCUGGCCCGCGCCGAGGCUCUGGCAGCCGUGGACAUCGUUUCCCAGAGCAAGAGCCACCACCACCAUCCGCCCCACCACAGCCCUUUCAAACCGGACGCCACCUACCACACUAUGAACACCAUCCCGUGCACGUCGGCCGCCUCUUCUUCGUCGGUGCCCAUCUCGCACCCUUCCGCGCUGGCAGGCACGCACCACCACCACCACCAUCACCACCACCACCACCACCAACCGCACCAGGCGCUGGAGGGCGAGCUGCUGGAGCACCUGAGAAAAGUGGUCUGCAAUGGGACUGGGACAGAAGUAGGAGUGAAGUGUCAGCUAAAAAUAGGCUCCGCACGGAGAGGCUGUGGAAAUGAAGAUAAACACGGGGAGGGGGAGGAGUCGCAUGCGCACAGACGACCCGAGCCUGCUCCGCGGCUGUCCAAUCCGCUGAGAGCUGCGAGAAAUCGAGUGAGAGAAAGCCCUGCAGCCCCUGCGACCCCAUGUCUCUUUGGCACCAGGCACCCGCCGGACCGUGGGGUGCUCGUAACAGAGCGCCGACCUCCUCUCGUAUUGGGGCGGGAGCUCAGAGCGGCGCGCAGGACCAGGGUUGGCCGCAGAGCACUGCCUGGCGACUGGAGCGCGGACCUGGCCACUUGGGUGGGGUUGAGUGGGGGCGCGAUUGUGAGUAGCAGCCGCGGGACGCUGCAAAGGGGCGGCGGCAACAGAGCGCCGGUGGGGGCAGAAAAGGGGCGGCGGAGGGCGCGGUGGGGGAGCGCGAGGCGAGUGCGGGGAGAGCAGAAGGAGUCAAGCCUGAGGGGAGUAGAGAGGGAGAAGGGGCUGCUCGCCUUCCCCAGGCGCCCAGUGCCUGCACCUGCUCCCGGUCAACCCCCGUCCGGAUUGGGCCACCCGCGGGUUCCUGCGUCGGGGUUGCGGGGCCUUCUCACCCUCGCCUGCACCCUGCUCCUUCCGCUCUCUAGGGAGGUGACAGAAGCCCCCAACACCGCGGGAAACGUGGACGCCGACCCGCGGGACCUGGAGGCAUUCGCCGAGCGCUUCAAGCAGCGACGCAUCAAGCUGGGGGUGACCCAGGCAGAUGUGGGCUCCGCGCUGGCCAACCUCAAGAUCCCCGGCGUAGGCUCGCUUAGCCAGAGCACCAUCUGCAGGUUCGAGUCCCUCACACUGUCGCACAAUAACAUGAUCGCGCUCAAACCCAUCCUGCAGGCAUGGCUCGAGGAGGCCGAGAAGUCCCACCGCGAGAAGCUCACUAAGCCUGAGCUCUUCAAUGGCGCGGAGAAGAAGCGCAAGCGCACGUCCAUCGCUGCGCCAGAGAAGCGCUCGCUCGAAGCCUACUUUGCCAUUCAGCCUCGGCCCUCCUCUGAAAAGAUCGCCGCCAUCGCGGAGAAGCUGGACCUGAAGAAAAACGUGGUGCGCGUCUGGUUCUGCAACCAGAGGCAGAAACAGAAAAGAAUGAAAUAUUCCGCCGGCAUUUAG